AUGGUGGUUCUUCGUCCCUCCCCGACUGCCCACAACGCACCGAGCCGAAUUGGGUGCGGAAUGGCACCGGUUGCAGCGACAAGAGGGCCAGAUACUGCGAUUGCGACGCUCAUGGAUGUCAACCUGUGGGCGCGGACCUGCGCGACCCGCAUCGCCAGAGAAAGGUGCCCUCGCGAAGAGGUCAUCCUACAACCUGCCUUGGACAAGCCCCAGGAUGGUCACGGUCCUGAAACUCGGCUGGGGCCCUCCACCCCCAGGAUUGACAAAGCCAACGACCUCAUCAUCCUUGAGCCGAACUGGACACAUCGUUUAGAAUGCGGACCCGUCAACACCGACGCAGUGCAUAUGAUGACUUACCUUGCCAUCGCCCAAACCAUCAGCUACAGCAUGCAAGGCGUCAUCAAGAAGCUCAUGGACGGUUUCGAGCCCAAGAUAUUCUACAUCAUCCUCAGUCCCGAUCAAGUCCGCGCUGCCGCCGAAAAACCCUGGCCUAGCUCGGGUUUCCUCACAUUUCCGGCGACCCUGACGUCAGGUACGCUGCGUCUGCGCCUCAGUGAUUUCCUUGCUGCGUAUGACUGCGGGGCCCCCGAUCCCGGCCCAUUCAAGGGUGAGGGAGGUCGAGAGUACUAUGAGAUUUCUCUCGGUGAUGUGCGGCGGCUCGGCGGCUUGAGCCAGAGCGUAGCGCCCUUGGCGGCGGUUCGCCAUCGUCGCUUGGUCAGGCCGGACGAUACCAUUGUAUCUGAGGACACUGUGGCGUACCGAUUCAUGACUUGGCGGGAGAGUGGCGAUGGCAACCUCUUGUAG